GUGCAAACUGACAGGAAGGAAGAGUGAGUGCACUGUGACGCUGCUCACAGCUUUUUGCUUCUUGACUCAACUCAUCUCAGAAGCUUUGCCACCUUUUUCUUGAUAUUUCAGGGAUAGUGAUAUUGUGUUUUAGAAGAAAUUGAGAACUGAGAAGUUAAGCGACAUAGCCCUCCCUUCCCUCUGCACUGUGCCGGUCCUCUUUUCCUCUCCUCCCCCCUCCCUCUCUCUACAUAUCCUCCGUCUGGUCUUAGCUGUGGGGAUGAAUGCAGACGGAGACAGAUGGUACAGUAUAGUUAGUGUACUAGGAACUGAGGGUGAAGGAAAGAGUUCUGUGUCUCCCUGGACUGGACUAGGCUGAGAGAGGAGAGUGCUACCUGGUCAUGGGAUGCUGUAGUGUGACUCAGAGAGGAGCGCAUUCCGGGAUUGACGAUGUGGGCCCUGACGAGAUCGAGCUCCUGGAGAUUGACAACUCAGGGAUAUGGAGUCUAGGAGAGAGCAGGCUUCAGCUCUCCGUGAGGAAUGGAAAAGAUGGUCCACCCUCUCGCUACCCUUCAGUGAGACACCUCAACCAGGAGGUUGUGCUAUGGGGCAGGAGCAGAGAGGAGCUACACCACAGAAUCUACAACCAGCCCAUCCGUGACUGGGAGGGCCAACCUACACACAUGUAUGGAGAGAUAGUGCACUCCUCCCUGGUGUCUCUCCACAACAGCUACACACAGGAGACACGUGAACACUAUCUGGUGCUGUUCUCCUUCCACUUGUUGAUCCUAUCUCUGGACCACUCUCACCAUGAUUUUAUCUAUGAGGGCAUGCUGCCUCUCUCUGGACUGUCUUUCCAAGCCACUUCACUAGCCUCCAACUCGCAAACCAUGUUCCAGAUCAGUGGUCCAAUGGUGGACUCCAAAGUAUUCACCUGUGCCAGUGCAGCAGAGAUGAACAAAUGGAUACACCACAUGGAGGAGAGGAAAUACAAAUCCAUGAGCCAACUGCUAAGCCCCUCCCACUGUGCACUGUCUUACCUGGUACCCUGCGAUGAGAUCUGGAAGAAAGAGGAACUGAAAACGUAUUUACUGCAAGCCCCAAUUCAGCAGUGGGAAGGAGCCCCCAUCCAGCACAUGGGCCAGCCUGUAUACAUAUCCAUGGUCCACAUCAUCAACACACAGAGACAGGGACUCCAUCAGCAACUUCUAGUACUCUUCCCUCAAGAUGUCCUCCUGCUCUCUGUGGAUAACAAGAGCCUCAGUGUCAUAUAUGAGGGUAGAUUGCCUCGGAAAAGCAUCACAGCUGUGGAGAGGUCAGCAUUACCUGGGAGGCUGGAGUUCGAGUUAGCAGGUGAACUGAUUGAGCCGCUGCAGGUAUCUUGCACCUGUCCUGAAGAAUAUCAGAACUGGAUCUUCCAGCUACAACAGCCGGAAAAAAACCUCCAAGCUACCUCAAACCACCCAGCUCCACCUCUCAUGCCAAAAAAACAAAGGAGCAGAAAGGAGUCCCAGGAACCAAUGAUAAUUGCACAUUAAUGAGAC